CUCCCCCCCCCCCCCCCAACACACUCGCACUCGGGCUCUCAAGGUGUUCUCCGCACAGCGGAAGAUGGCGACAGACUGAGGGGGCAUGGCCAGCGGGAGCCACGGGGCCGUGCCGCUUGGCGGCCGCCACAGCGGUGCUAACGGGAGACGGAAGCGAGAGGCGCACUAAGUGAAGCCCUGUGUCGGCGUCCGGCGCCUGUGGCGCCGCCAGGAGCCAGGUGGCCCGCCCGAGCCGGAACUCUGGGAGCAGCAGGCGCGGAGCCGGAGCGGAGCCGGCCCGGGACCGGCCCGGGCGAACGGCCAGAGCGCGAGCGAAGCCCGAAGGGCCGGACAGUGGGCCGGCCGGCGGGCCUAGGAGGGCGCAAGCGAGGCAGGGAGCGGCGCGGAGCAGGCAGCAGGCGGGCGGGCGGACGAGCGGGCGGGAGCGGCGCGGCGCGGCGCGGCGCGGGGCGAGCGAGCGGAGCGCGGUGGCUGGGCCCGCACGGCGGCGCUGAGGGGCGCAGAGCUGCGCUGAGCCGAGACGGCCAGAACAGAGUGCGAGUCGGGCGGCCGCCGGCGCGGAGUGGAGUGGCGCGGAGCGGAGUGGCGCGGAGCCGAGUGGCGCGGAGCCGAGGGCAGCUGAGGGGCCCGACACUAUGAGGAGUGCGGCGCCGCCGCCGCAGCCGCCACCGCCCCAGUGCCCCGCACCGCCCCCCGCCGGGACACCGGGCAGUGCCUAGCGGGCCGGGCGGCGGCGCCCAGACUGCGAGCGAGGGAGCGCGGGAGGAGCGCGGGGACGGCACGAGAGCACCCGGCGACUCUGGCCUUGAGCGGGGCCCCGGGCCGGUGGCCUGCCUCACCAUGCAACCCCCGAGGUAGAGCCUGGACGGCGCCAAGGAGCGCGAAGCGGCGCGCAGCCCGCUCGCCCGCCAGUGACGGCCGUCCGGCCUCGCGCCUACCUGAUCCCUCCAGCCCGGACCCCCCUGAAAUAUGUUCAGGGGCGCUUGGAUGUGGCCCGGGAAAGACGCCGCCGCGCUGACUAUCUGCUGCUGCUGCUGCUGCUGGGCUCCCAGGCCAAGCGACAAACCUUGCGCUGACUCUGAGCGGGCGCAGCGAUGGCGACUGUCCCUGGCGUCCCUGCUCUUCUUCACCGUGCUGCUCGCUGACCAUCUGUGGCUGUGCGCGGGGGCCCGGCCCCGGGCCAGGGAGCUGAGCAGCGCCAUGCGGCCGCCCUGGGGGACCGGCCGGGAGCGGCAGCCGAUGCCUCCUCGCGCGGUGCUGCCCCUGCGGCCGCCGCCGCCCGGCGAGCCCAGCGCAUCCCCGGGCACUUGCGGCCCCCAAUACAGCAACCUGACCAAAGCUGCCCCCGCUGCCGGUCCCAGGCCGGACUGCGGUGGCGUCCCAGAGCCCACGGGGCUGGACGCAGCUUGCACCAAAUUGCAAUCUUUGCAGAGACUUUUUGAACCGACUACUCCAGCCCCUCCACUGCGGCCCCCUGACUCCCCUUCCCGUGCCCCGGCCGAGUUCCCCUCCGCCAAAAAAAACUUGCUCAAAGGCCACUUUCGGAACUUCACUCUCUCCUUUUGCGACACCUACACGGUCUGGGACUUGCUGCUGGGCAUGGACCGCCCCGACAGCCUGGACUGCAGCCUGGACACCCUGCUGGGGGACCUUCUGGCCGUGGUGGCCAGCCCGGGCUCCGGGGCCUGGGAGGUGUGUAGCAACUGUAUCGAGGCGUACCAGCGGCUCGACCGACAUGCUCAGGAAAAAUAUGACGAGUUCGACCUCGUGCUGCAUAAAUACUUACAGGCAGAAGAGUACUCAAUCCGGUCCUGCACGAAAGGCUGUAAGGCUGUCUACAAGGCCUGGCUGUGCUCAGAAUACUUCAGCGUGACCCAGCAGGAAUGCCAGCGCUGGGUGCCCUGCAAGCAAUACUGCCUGGAGGUGCAGACCCGGUGCCCCUUUAUACUCCCUGACAAUGAGGAAAUGGUGUACGGAGGGCUUCCUGGCUUUAUCUGUACAGGGUUGCUGGAUACUUCGCCAAAGCGGCCGGAAACCAAGUGCUGUGACGUGCAGUGGGUCUCCUGUGAGUCGGAGAAGAAGAAGUUCAAGGAGACUGAGGCCCCCAAAACCCACCACCAGCAAUUCCACCACUCCUAUUUCCACCACUACCACCAACAGUACCACCACUACCAUCCCCGCCAUGACCCUCCAGGCCACAUCAGCCACAAGCCCUCCAUGCUGCCGGUCUCUGGGGGCUCCCGCCUCAGCCCCAGCAGGAUCCGGCUGUAUGUCCUUGUUCUCAUGCUCCUCCAUACCAUGGUGUCCUUCUCCAGUAGCCAGGGUGGUGGAGGACUGGGGCUGGAGGCACUGCCUACCCUAGAUGAGGGCCUGACUCGGGAAGAGUGACAGCAGGGAGGGAGGACAGACCUCCACCACACACUGACAGCAGCUCCAGCCCCCCCAGGGGGAGGGGGAGGGGCUCCUCCCAUGGGAGGUAUAGGACCAGGUGGGGGGCGGGGGGAAAUGGGGGGCCACACAUCACCCCCAGCCUACCCCCACCCCAAAAGCAGCUCCGACAGAAUGGCCAGAGGGCCCCAGGGAGCUGCAAAACUCAUCUGGGAGUAAAAGGCAGGAGCAGCAGAUGCCCCCCCUCAGGUCCCCAUCUAUGGGGCUUAGCAAAAAAAGGGGGGGAGUGGGGGCUAGAAGUACCCACUCCUGCUGAGAACCCUGACCCCAGGGAAGGAGGCUACUCACCCAGCCUUGGCCCUGCAGGGAAUGUUGGGGGGCACAGAGGGGAGAAGCUCUUUCCCCCCUCCACAUUCCUUUUGUUGCCACGAUCCUUAAUUCCCUCCUGCCCAUACCCCUACAGGCAAUGGCAGACGGUGCAGUGGCCUUCCUCCCACUCCAGUGCACCUUGCCCCAUGUGGGGCCACCACAGGGAAGUGUCAGGCUGGGAGAUGAGGUGCGCACAGUCGCAACUAGGCCGGGGCCCCAGUUAAGCUGUGCCCCACCACUGUAGGCAGUGAGGGGUAGUCAUGGGGUACAGAGUGGUGAGAGAGAGUAGAGAUAGGGAAGAGGGAGAGGAGAGAACAGGACAGGAGGGGAGAGGAGAGAUGAGAUGUGGGCAGAGGGUUUAGAGAGAUGGCUGAAUGGUCUAUAGUCACCUGGCUUUGGAAAGAAGGACGAUCAGUGUUGAGGCAGGCUUGAGGACACCUCCCCAAAUCAGAAAGGGUUGCAUAGAGUCCUGUGGGGAAAGAGCACAGGAACCCGGUUGUUGGGCCUCAAAACAGAAGUCUGAGAGCACAUGGUCAGACUGCCGCUGUCUGAAGGGCCAUUAUCUUACAGAAGGUGCACAUACUUCCAAGGGCCAUUCUUGCCCUGGAGAUCUUGGCCUUGAGGCCAAAGAUGUUUCCAUUUCUGAUCUCCAUAGGGAGGAGGGACUUAAGUCCAAGUGGGUCAGGCCUGGCCUGGGUCCCCAUACACACUCAUUUUGUCCUAGCCCAGGCCUCCAUGAAGGAGAACCUGGUGGCAUUGCCCCAGGGCUUUCCAGAGAUGAGACUCCCCCAUCCCCACCCUGUCCCCAUCCCCAGCCUACCAAAGAGUAUUCAUCCCUUCCCAUCCCUGACCCCAUGGGUUACUAUCUGAACUGUGGAACAACCAAACUCGUCCUCACCCUGUAGAGGGUCCUCUGAUCCAGCCACCCCUGCCUGCCCCUUCCUGAAGAAAGGCCAGAGACAAGGCUAGGGGACCCACUGAAUAAAGAUAAUGUGCUAUUGUCUCUUGA